AAACACGAUUUUAAUAUUUCUGUUAACCUGUAACUUUGUCUGUAUAUACACGUAUACAAUUAUUUAGACCACAGAUGUAAAAAUCACAUCCACACAAUUGUACUGUAUAAAUGUGCAAAUUUGUUUAUCUAGUAACGUGCACGUAUGCACUUGUGUCGUCCCAAUAUAUUGAUUGGACCAAAAAAAUAUAGAAAAUAUGGAAAUGUUCUAAUAUCAUUCAUAAGUAUAAAAUAUUCUGGAAGUUUUCUUUUUUGAAAGAUCCUUAUGAGUUUAACUUGUAAUAUUCGUAAUUUAGCUGGUCAAGUUAAGCAUAAAUUAAUUGGUGAACGUAGGAGAUCAUCAAGUUCACAUGAGUCAGAUAAUUCUGGGGAAAUAAGUGGUAAACAUGGAAGACGGACCACUGUUCAAAAACCUCAACAAUAUACCAUUCAAUUUGAGCAAAACGAUGGACAACUACAUCGAACAACAACGACAAAAACCGAAGUAUCAUCACAAAAACACAAGAAACAUCAACAGAGCAAUUCACUGCAUGACAGUAAUGAUAAUAACAAUUCCCUACUAUGUGAUCUAAACAGAUCAAUACCACUUGAAACAAAUAAUACAACUGAUAAACGAUUACAAAAACAGCAAUGUCAGUUGGUAAAAUCGAUUUGUUAUUGUCAAGUUAACUCUACAUGUCUAAAUCAAACAAACUGCACAAUGUCAAAUAAUAAUAAUAAUAAUAAUAACAUGCAAUCUACAUCUCCUUCAUCGUGUAUACAUAAUACACAAAAAUUACAAAAUAUACCUACUCAUAAAAUAUGUAAGCAAAUUACUCCUACGUCUAGUUCAUCACCUAUUUUACAAGACCGUUCACAAGAUUAUUCCGAAAGUCAAACAGAUAAUAAUGUCAUAUCAGAAACAACAAUACAACAUCAUUGUUGCAAUCAAACUCCUAAAUAUUAUCAACAACAUCAUUCUAAACAACGUGUAUAUGUUUCAAAUAGUGAACAUUCAAGUAAUGAAUCGCAACAGAACAUUAAGGCCUCACCUACAUCUUCUCAUGUUAAUAGCAAAAUGUACAAUCGGUAUAAAGGAAAUACUGGCAAGGAAAGUAAAAACAAUCACACCACUUCUAAUACUACUACCGUUACUACUGUGGCAUCUACUUCUAAAAUUACUAAUAACAGUCAUAAAAUGUUUGGCUAUCAUCAAAGUUCUGAUAUAAAUUUACAUCAAACAACAGAUUAUCCUUUAUUGAAUGAAUGUCAACAACAACAUGGAUCUACAUAUUUCAUUCCAGUUGUACCAGAUCUAUCUAUUCCACAAGAUGAAGCACGUUCAGGUAGUUUGGGCAGUGCAUAUCCUUCUCAUUGUAUACCUUAUCAUUUCGGACAUAGUAAGUAUGCUUUACUUCAAGGAAACAAUCAUCAACAUCAUCUACUUAACCAUCAUUCUCAUAGACAUAAUCAUCCUAACAUUAAUGUUACUGAGAAUCAUAAUAAUAAUAUGAAAUCAAUGCAUAACAAUAAAUACAAUAAUCCAAGAUUAACAAUGAGUUAUUCUGAAUUAUUAAAUUCAUUAAUCCCACAUCAUUGUCAGAAUCAAUUCAAAAUGUGUGGAGUUUGUGAUGUCAAUAACAUCAGUAAUAGUACUGGUACUAAUGAUGUUAACAUUGGAAAAUCUGAUCAUUUAACCAAAUCUCAAACUAUAGAUCCAAGUACUUCCAAUAAUCUAUGUAAUAGAACAAUAAAUAUCAGUCAACAAUUCAAUACCGAUAACAGUCAUAAUAAUAAUAAUAAUAAUAAUGAGAAUACUCGUACUGAUGAUACUUCAUGUAAUCCACAAGUAUUAUUAAAUAAUUCUAAAAUUAAUGAUACUGAUAAUAUAAGUCAAUCUAAUUCUUAUCCAAUACAAUCAAUAACAAAAAAUAAUUCAAUAUUAUUAUCAAAAGAACAAACUAUAAAUCAAAUAGAAUUGAAUCCACCUAUUUUACCUACACGUACAAGUUCAUUAAUUAUGAAUAAUAAAAAGUAUCAUUCUAACAAACAGAAUGAUACAUUACCAUCUAUGUUAACAUCUAAUCCUUCAUCAUUAUCUAAUCUUAAUAAUAAUAAUAAUAAUGGUAAUCAUAUUAUGCAACAAAGUAUGAUUGAUUAUAAUAGUAAUAACAAUAUUAAUAAUAAUAAUAAUGAUAAUAAUAAUCUACAUUAUUCUAUGAAUAAUUUAAAUCAUUUACAACAUUUAAAUUUACCGCAAAUUAAUUGUUUAUCUAAAUAUAAUAAAAUUUCAUUAAAACAUCCAAUUAUAAAUGAUAGAAAUUAUGAAAAUACAUCAGAAUUAAUAAAAAUGAUAGAAUCUGUGAAUACAAUAUCUAAUAAUGAAUUAAUGAUGAAAUCCUAUUCACAACAAUCAUCAACGUUAUCUAAUCAUGAAUUUUUAUCAGUAUUAUCAACGACGACGACGACGACAACAACAACAACAUCAUCCUCACCAUCUUCAUCAACAUGUUCUUCUUCUUUAUUACCUGAUUGUAAUCAUAAUGAUAUCAUAAAUUUAAAUCAAUCCAUUGAAAAAUCAUCAACCAUUACAUUAACUAAUUCUUCGAAUGAUAAAAAACAAUUAAAUUCAUUAAAUCAAUUACAAAUUAAUUGUAAUCAAUCAUUUUUAUCUGAUUAUAUACCGACAAGUCCAUCAUGUGGUGCAUUAGAACAAUUUAUGCCAACCAAUCAUGCUUCAAGAUUACUUGGUCGUAUGUCGGAUAAAUUACGUGAUGGUCGAUUAGCUGAUGUCAUUUUAAUUGCUGGUACAAAAUCAAUAUUAUCAACUAAUACAAAAUGUUCAACUAUGACCAGUGAUUCAGUUCAUCCGUUAAAUAAUAAUCAUGGUAAAUCAGAUUUGAAUAAUUCAUCUAAUGAAUUAAUUAUUCGAAUACCUGCACAUCGUGUUAUAUUAGCAGCAGCUAGUGAUUAUUUUGCUGCAAUGUUUGGUAAUGAAUUAAAAGAAGCUACUGAACAAGAAAUAUGGAUUCAUGAUGUUGAACCUAAUGCAUUGAAAACACUGAUCAAUUAUAUUUAUACAGGUUAUCUAGAUUUACGUGAAGAAAAUGUUGGUGAUUUGUUAGCGGCGGCUUGUUUUCUACAAAUUACUGAAGCAUCACAGACAUGUGAACGAUUUUUAACUAAACGUUUAGAUGCAACAAAUUGUUUAAGUAUGUCACGUUUAAGUGAACAAUAUGGAUGUGAAUUAUUAAGAAAACGUUCUACAAAAUUUAUUUUAGAACACUUUUCAGAUGUUGCUCAACAACCAGAUUUUCUGAAUUUGAAUUUUAAAGAACUUGUCACUUUGGUCUCUUCUGAUCGUUUAAAAGUAUCUAAUGAGGCUACAGUAUUUGCCGCUUGUUUACGAUGGAUCAGAAAUGCUAAACAGCAAGAAUGUAAAACAGAAAUUUAUAGGAAUGAACCAUUAUUGGCUAACUUACUAAAAUGUGUACGAUUAACCCAAGUACCUCCACGGCUUUUGAUUGAUGUUUUAGAAAAAGAAACACUAUUCCAAGAAGAUUUCUCAGCGAUACGUUUAGUUAUAUCUGCACUACGUGCACAUUUCAAUUCUGAAUCAUUUUAUUCACAAAUUCAUAAAACUCAAACAAGAACUAAUUUAGACUGGUGUCUUAAAACUAAUACAUCAAUAAACAAUGCAAAUGAUAUCAAUAAUAUGAAUAAUAAUAAUUUAUUAGAUACAAGAACAUCAUCCAUAUCAUCACAUUCAUCAUUAUCCUCAUCAUCAACCACUAAUGAUACACAACAUAAGUUGGAAGAAACUAUCAAUAUGACUAGUAAUGGUAUUAAUAGUAGUCGAACUCACAAUUAUAAUCGUUAUCAUCAUCAUCAUACAGACCAACCAUAUCAAUCUCCACAGUUUAGUAUUAGAAUGCCUGAUAAUCAAGUUCUAAACUGUCAUGAAAAUUUUAGUCAGAUAACGAAACCAAGAUUAUCAACAAUUGGACGUCUAUGGGCUUUAGGAGGAAAAACCAUGACAACAACACGUGCAUUACAAGAAAUACUUGAAUAUGAUCCAUAUUGGAAUACUUGGCGUACAAUUGGUCAAUUACCAGGUCAAAGACAACAAUGUGGUUGUACUGUUCUAAUAGAUGGACGAUUAUUAGUUGUCGGAGGUCGUGAUGAAUUGAAAACCUUGAGCACUGUUGAAUGUAUUAAUGUCGAAGAAAUAUCUCAAUCGAAUGAAUGUACAACAGAUUGUGGGAGGAAAGUUAAUAAUAAAUUAUCAUCGGAAACUUUGUCAAGACCUAGAGCAAUAAGAAAUCGUUCAAGACAAAAUAGUACAGAUCGCAAUGAAACUGAUUUUAAUAAUACUAAUCAACUAGAAUUAUGUAUUGAAUCGGCUAGUACUACUCUUAAUUCGACAGGAAUAGUAACGUACAGAUCAGAACAACAAGGACAAUCUAAUUCACAAAACUGUACAUCAUCGAUUAAUAAAGAAGUACAAAAUAAAGAAGAACAAGGUAGUUGGAAAAUUGUUUCAGCAAUGGCAACACAUCGGCAUGGUCUAGGAGUAGCCGUUUUGGAAGGUGUUGUCUAUGCAGUUGGCGGACAUGAUGGAUGGUCUUAUUUAAAUACUGUAGAACGAUGGAAUGGUAAAGCUAAAGCCUGGUCACCUGUUACUCCAAUGGCUGUUCAACGUAGCACAGUUGGCGUUGCUGUUUUAGAAGGACUGUUGUAUGCUGUUGGUGGUCGGGAUGGAAGUGCUUGUUUACGAACAGUGGAGAGAUUUAAUCCUCAUACACAACAUUGGUGUUUUAUUGCCCCCAUGUUACAUCGUCGUGGUGGAGUUGGAGUAGGCGCUAUUGGUGGACGUUUGUAUGCAGUUGGUGGUCAUAAUGCUCCACCAAAUCAGCCUCAUGCAUUAAGAACAGCUAGUGUUGAAAUGUAUGAACCACGCACUGAUAUGUGGACGGAAGUGUGUGCUUUGUCAUCUCCUAGAGAUUCUAUUGCCGUGGCUCCGCUCGGUUAUAAACUAUAUGCUUUAGGAGGACAUGAUGGGCAAGCUUAUACUGAUCGUGUAGAAGUAUAUGAUCCAGAAGAAAAUAAAUGGACUGAAGCAGCUCCAUUACCAAGUGGAAGAGCAGGAAUCGCUGUAGCAGCUAGCGGACCAGGUGUCACUGAUGCUAAUUUCAGUAUAAAAUUAUCCUAUCAUAAAGUAGAUCCACUUAUUUAAUUGAAUGUGAUCACAUCACACGAAACCAAAGAACACAGCUUGGUUGAAAAAAACAUUUUUUUAGUGCAUUAUUUAAAAUGUCUGUAUAUUGUAAUCAUUCGUUUUCAUUUAAUUUAAUUUAACAUAAUAUCGUUAUUGAAUGUAUUUUAAAUUGCUACGAGGACCGUCUUAUCAACUUCCGAAAAAAUGCCUAUAACAUUCUGGAAUAAACAUAUUAUGAAGUA